AUGAGUAGGCUAUCAUUUAGGCCUCAACCCCUUGACAUCCACGAGAAGCUCCCCAUUGUGAAAUCUGUUAAGGACUUCGAGGAUGACGAUGUCCCGACUUCUACUCGUAACUCCCAGAUGCUCCGUAUUGCCUCAGAGGCUGAUAAUGAGGUACAACAAACUCCUAGCAAAAAAGUUGCUUCAGAAAUACCAACUCUUGAAGUCGUGGUAGUGGAUACAAUUGGAAGAGACUAUUCCCGUACUUUCACUCAACCAACAUCAUAUCUUCGCGCAAGGGGAGGCCGUGCUGAGAUUGGAGAAUUUGUUGAGUACGAUCUUGACAAUGAGGAUGAAGAUUGGCUUCAAGAGUUAAACAAAGAAAGAAAAACUCUUGCAGCUGAAAAUCGAAGGAGUCUGAUAGGAUCCCUGGCUGCUGUGAUUCAAAUGAUGGUUUGCUCUGCUUUUGGAGAUACUGCUUUGCCUACUGGUGGAUAG